CCACCACGUUUUUCUCCUAUCCUCUUCCACCCCAUCGUUCUUUACACACUUCUUUUUUUUUUCUGUUUUAUUUUCUGAAAUUUUUACACACACAUUCACAGCAACGAAAGUCUCUCAAAAGAAAAAGACUUGGCACUAGAGAACCACAGUCGUUCACGUCGUCUUCAAGUGUAAAGACACCUUGACAGUAGCCCUUCUCUCAACUGUGUCGUGCGAAUCAAUCAGGAUAUAUUCAAUUUUAUGUUCAAACUUAGCAACAAGAAAAGUUUUGCGUAAGUGUUCCACAUGGAUUUGAACGAGCAAAACCGAAACAGAAGUCAUAAUGACACCACCGGCCACGCCGACCAAUAAAAUGCUUCAACAUAAUUUCGAUCAUCAUUCAGCGGAUGAAGAAGAUAUGGAAACUGAUGCCGCUUUGGAGGCUGUUGAAACUCUGCUCUCCUUUUCACGGGCAGCUACUUGUCAACAACAGGAAGCGGUCGGUAUGUCAUCGCUGAGCUCAUCCAGUGGCUCGUCAGAUGAAUCGCAAGAUCAGUGGGCUUCGAGCGACGACUCUAGCGACCAUCUUCAAUCUGCCAAGAGAUUGAUGUCAUGUACGCCACCAAGAACUCCAAGUCCUAGCGUUACUUCAAUGCCCGUUUCUGUCAUCAUGAUCGGAAAAAAGGAUGGAACUGCAGAGCCUGUGAUUCAACAGGAAUCCAAUAAUCAACACGAGGAGGCUGGAAAUAACAAGGAGAAAUUAAUGGGAGGUCCUGCAUUGCCAGGUCGUGAAAUAAUAUUUGUCGAGAACAAGAACACCAACCGACAUUUACGAAAUGCUCAUUUCGGAACGGAACAGAUCUUUGUAGCUAACAAAGACACUAACCGGGAAACACGCGAAAUAACCAAUCACAAGCCACCACCGAAUAAUAGUUAUAAUGAAAAUACUAGUGAUUUAAUUGUGCAGCAAUUUCCUGUAUCUCGUUUUGUACCUGAAAUGAUUACUUCUUCUACUAUGUCGGCAACUUCUCAGGCGAUCCCGAUAAAAUCGCCAGUGGCCAUCGCUCCCAAAUUGAUGCUGAAUGGCACAACUCUGGGUAAUUGUAAUGUAAUCAAUGGAACGUCAGCGACUCGAGUCAUACCGGUCGUGCCAUUGGGUGCUCCCGGUGCUGAUGGCUCUAUGGGUACUUCUGGCACCACUCUUUUCCUGGCCCCCUGUGAUAACAACGGACAAAUAACGCAUUUUGUAUUGACGACAGCUGGCAUCCCAUCCAUGACCCUCAUCGCUCCAAAUAAGAUGGAAAGGGAAGCGGAUAAACGUCGGCGUAUUUAUGAAUGCCAAUUCAAAGGAUGCGGCAAAAACUAUUUCAAAUCAUCUCAUUUGAAAGCUCACAUGAGGACUCAUACUGGUGAGAAACCUUUCGUCUGCAGCUGGGACGGAUGUGAUCGCCGCUUCUCGCGUUCGGACGAACUGUCCCGUCACAAACGCACUCAUACUGGCGAGAAAAAAUUCAGUUGCCCGGUUUGCCAGCGUCGUUUUAUGCGCUCUGACCACUUGACCAAGCACGUCCGCCGUCAUGCCCGCGAGCAGAAACCAAUGGCUUGGCAACUGGCCACUCGCAAACUCGCCUCAGCCAGUUCUACUUCUUCUCCUGCUCAUGCUACUACCAAUGCUGCCAGCCCUACAGUGGCUUCUCAAUUGAUCCCGGCGCAGAUUAUCCUGUCCGCCUCAACUGCCAUUCCCUCAAAUUAAAACAACACACAAAAAAAGCAAAAGAUGAUGAAAUGUUUAUUAUUUUUCGAAAUCUUUUUCCUGGGGAGGGGGGUGUAGUAGCAUGUUUAUUUGUUAAAAAUAAAGGGCGGGACCUCGGGAGACAGUAUAUAUGUAUAUAUAUCUACUGUCUACGGUAGGUCAGUAGGUUAUCUCUUAAAAGCAUAACAGCAGCAAAAAAGCAGCAGAGGGGGCGGAUAUUUUCAGUGAUAUGUCGAACCCGUGAAAUGUUUUCAGUUGAUGGCGUUUUUCAAUUGUUAAAAUUUGCCGUUGACCACAUUGUUUUUGUUAUUCGUUCGAGCUGUUGAGCUUGUUCAAACAUUUAUAUUCACAAUUUAUAAUGAUUACUGCCGAGCUAAACAAUAAUUGUGUUUCGAAUGAAUAAUGGAAGAUGGACAUAAUAAAUUACGAUAUUGAUCAAGAAAAAA